AUGGAUGGACCCGACCUGUACGUGGCGACCAACUUCCAAAAAUUGACAGUGAUGAGGUUCACGAAAGAAUCGAGAACUCCAAGUUACCGGGAGGUAGAAGCAGUUGUUCUUAGAGAUCAGCCAUUUGUAAUCUUCAAAUCAGGAUAUCAAGUGAGUUUAAAGCAAUCUGAAAAAUCUUUUCAUAGACAAUAUUUUGCAGAUUAUCACUGGCCACAACUACAAUCACUUGAACAUUCUCACUUUGAGAAACGAACCAGAGGAUUUUAUAGUAAAAGUUUAA